AUGGCCAUGAAUCUCUUAAAGAAUAGCGGCUUCAGCUACUCAAGGCUGGAGAAAAAGGACACAGAGGAAUUUCAGCACAGAAAGGUACAGUUUCGCAUCUACAAAGUCCUUGAGAAGGAAGAGUGCCAGCAGAGGAAGAGGACACAGACGCGGCUGGUUGUUUCAAAGCUUAGGACAAAGCUUGGUAUGAGGCUCCGGAGGAUGAGGAAGAAAAUCCUCUGCUUCAUACUUUGUUUACGUUUGUGUAAGUCAAGCUCAUGCGGCAACUCAGAUUCCAAAGCUCGUUGCAUAAACUGA